CGUACUGGUAAUGUUUAUACUUGAGUGUAACCUUUUCGUACGGUACAGCUUAAAUUAUAAGUGACCUAUUUUAUGGACACACAAACAGUUCGGGCAGCAUAUAUACAUGUAAAUACACUCCAGUGAUUUCAAGAAAGAACCUUUCAAAUAAUUUUGCAGAAAGGAAGCCAUGUUAUAAUGUCAAGCUCUGAUUCUGACAUUGAGGAGAUAAUUUUGAAUGGAAGCUGCAGCGCUGGGAGUAAUGAAUCAAAUGUUGCCAAUGUUGCUGUUAGUUGUCAUGGAACACCCACACAUACUGUUACGAGUCCCACGGUAACCAUGGUAGCAACCAAUCUGACGUCGACCGCUUUGAGAGUGACUGUCAAAGACACCAGCCCAAAUAUGAGCCUUCAUAAGAGUCCUUCUUAUUCCCAAGUGUGUGCUAUAUGCGGGGACCAUUGCCUUGGCUACCACUACUCAGUGUUGAGCUGUGAAGGCUGCAAGGGGUUCUUCAAGAGAUCGGUGCAGAUGAAUCUUGAGUACAGGUGCAAAUACGCGCAGGCUUGCGUGGUGGACAAGUCAUCAAGGAAUGCGUGCCAGUAUUGCCGAUUCCAGAAGUGCUUGAAGUGUGGAAUGAAGAGGGAAGCUGUCCGAGAUGAUCGUUCCUCAGGAGGCAAAAACAGCAGCAAGAGACAGCGGACAAGGGAAGGAAACUCUGAAGAAGCCAGGAACAAGCUCCUGUUGUCUCCCUUAUUGGAUACGGAGCAUCAGAAGAUAAUUGACAUCAUCAUGGGUUUACAGCCUGACAGGAUACCUUGCAGACCUGGGUCAGUGUCCGGGAAAGAUAUUGGCAUUCAGGAGCAGUUGGACUGUACUUUUAUGGAAGUCAAGUUUGUGAUUGAAUGGGCAAAACAGGUGCCAUAUUUCAAUACGCUCACUGUAGAGGAUCAGAUGGCCUUGUUGAAAUCCACCUUCAUAGAGAUAAACAUGCUGAGACUUAGCUACAGAUCAAUGAAGUACCCAAACUGUAUGUACUUCGCUGAUGGUAUUGUCCUGGACAGAAGCCAGAUUAAGACUAUAGGCUGGGGAAAUGAGCUGGUUCAGAUGUCCAUGGACUUCACCAGUAAAAUCACUGCUAUACAAUUGAACGACAUUGAGUAUGCGCUCAUGAAGGUCAUUGUUUUGACGUAUCCUGAUGCCAUUGGUCUUGUUGAUAAACAAUCUGUGAUAAAAAUUCAGACUAGAUUCCUCAAUGUACUCAGCCGAUAUGUCUCAGUGUAUUACCCACAUGACAAACGGCGGCUCAGUAAAAUAUUAAUGCGACUGCCUGCACUCAGGAUGUUUGGGGCCAAAGCUCAAGAGAAUGUCUUAAUAUUGAGUCUGGAAGGUGCAAUCCAAAUGGACGAACUUGUUCAAGAAAUGAUGUUAUAGUUGGAAGCAUCGGUUAAUGCAAAGUUUUGAGCUUUGCAUCUAAAUGAGUGAAUGAGGUCAUAUAUGAGUCGCGUUCUGAGAAAACUGGGCAUAAUGCAUGUGCCUAAAGUGUAGUCCCAGAUAAGCCUGUGCAGUCCGCACAGGCUAAUCAGGGACAACUCUUUCUGCCUUAACUGGAUUUUCAUGUAGAAGAGACUUCCUUUGAACGAAAAAUACCAUAAAAGCGGAAAGUGUUGUCCUUGAUUAGCCUGUGUGGACUGCACAGGCUUAUCUGGGACGACACUUUAGGCACAUGCAUUAUGCCCAGUUUUCUCAGAACGUGACUCAUAUCAUAGAGAUCCAUAAAGGUGAAUAAGUAUGUGAAAGAGGUUGAAGGCAGUAUCCGAGCAGCCAUUAAACAAAGCCUACAGUUGUCGUUUUUAGUUUUUGAACAAUGUUUGCUUCUGAAUUUAUUUACAUGUGUUUUGCAAGUGUUGUAAUGGCAAUUUAAGUGCUUAACUGAGUGCUUUUAUCUCAUUUAGCUUUACAUGGUGAUUCAUAUUCCAUUCUUAACCGGUACAUAUUAUAAUUUGCAUAAGACUGAAUACUGUUAAUGUUGUUUGCUUCAUGUAUAGACAAUUAAACUGCUUUAAUAAUAUAAUUGCACAGCAUGGUUAAACAGAUUAUGGUUGGCUUUUUAUGUGAUUUUAAUGCAUACAUGUAUUCCUUUCUAUUGCUUUAGACUUUAUUAUUGAAUCUGAUGAUGCCUGUGUACUGAGAAUUCAUUUGUUUUCCUUGAAAUGAAAUUUGUGUUCGUAAAAUUGUAAUAAUAAUCUUGGGAUCUUAAAUCAUGGAUUUGUUAUGUCUAAUAAUGUUCAUAGUACAUACAGCUUUGUUGAACAUUUGAUUAUCUGGUUGAGUGAAUCCUCGUAAAUUAGUUUACCAUGAAUAAUAUUGGUUGUACAGUAUUUUUGUUUAUUAAUGUUGGUUGGUCGACCACUUUAGUUUCUACUUUCUUAAUUAAACAGUUUUCAUCCCAUUUUAAUCAAACUUUGUGAAAAAUGAGCACAAUACCAAGUUCAAUUUAAAAAUUCAGCCAGAAUGUAUUGGGUGUUUACAAGCAAUUGCUGUAGAUUAAUGUAAACCUACCUUAGGAUAAACUUGAGUUAAGCCACUUUAUAUAUUGCCUAGUAUCUGCUCCCUGUUAUAAUUAGUGUUAAUCACUAGAUUUAUUUAAACCUGUUUCUUAUUGAUAAUUCAAUACUAGACUAAUUUAAACCCAUGUUCAUUAAUUUGUUAAGUGUUCAAUAUUCCAAGGCACUUGGUAUUACUUUGUGUAUGCCCUGUGUUGAAACAACCAAUUUUAAUGGAUUUGUUUGGACAAAUAAUGGUUUGUAAAAUAAUAGUAAACAUGCAAACUUGUUUUAAAAAAUGUAUACAAACAUAAGCAUGCUAAUCUAGAUGUAUUUGAUAUAAAAUAUUAAGGAGUUAUGUGAAUACCGAUUCUGCUGUGUUGAAUGUUAAGUCAGGCUAUCUCUUAUCUCUGUCCCUGUAUAAGCAGAUAGGAAUUAUUUUUACCUCUAGCAGUUGAACAAAAUAUUGGCUUAAUAGUAUACUGCAAUAUGCAGCUGAAAAUCCUUUUUAUGUGAUAAUUAUGUAUAGUAUUAGAAGUUUGUAUUACAAGGUAAGUAUACUUUAUUCUGUAAUGAAAGGACUAUGUUAUGCUCGUAACCUCUAUUAGCCCGGUCUUUAAGUGCGUGAUUUAUUAUGUCCCCCACCACUAUAGUGGGGGACAUAUUGUUUUUGCCCUGUCUGUUGGUUUGUUUGUUGUUUGUGUGUUUCUUUGUUUGUUUGCCCAAACUUUAACAUUUGCAACAACUUUUGCAAUAUUGCAGAUAGCAACUUGAUAUUUGGCAUGCAUGUGUAUCUCAUGAAGCUGCACAUUUUGAGUGGCGAAGUGUCAAGGUCAUCCUUCAAGGUCAAAGGUCAAAUAUAUAGCUUCAAAGCGGCGCAAAAGGGGACAUAGUGUUUCUGACAAACACAUAUCUUGUUGUCCCCUACCGGUUUCACUGGAGGGGACUUAUGGUUUUCGCUCUGCGAGUCUGUCUGUCUGUCUGUCACACUUUUCUGGAUCCUGCGAUAACAUUUAAAGUUCUUCAUAUUUUUUCAUGAAACGUGAAACAUGGAUAGAUGGCAAUAUGGACAUUAUGCACGUCAUUUCAUUUUGUUCCUAUGUUAAAAAUUCUGGUUGCUAUGGCAACAAAAAGACUAGAAAUACUGCUGAAAAUGGUAGUUUUCUGGAUCCUGUGAUAACUUUAAAAGUUCUUCAUAUUUUUUCAUGAAACAUGGAUAGAUGGCAAUAUGGACAUUAUGCACCUCAUUUCAUUUUGUUCCUCCGUCAAAAAUUAUGGUUGCUAUGGAAACAAAUAUAUUAUAAAAUUCUGACAAUUGUGGAAUUACUGAAAAUGGUGGAGCUGGUAGGGGACAUAUAUUGCUUGGCAAUAGUCUUGUUAUAAAUGAAAUUAUAACUCUAUUAGCCUGGAUUUUGUGUGUGUGAUUUAUUAUAAAUGAAAUAUAUUACACUUCUUAAAUGACAUUUGUUUGAUGAAAAAAGAAUGCAUGCCAUUCAUUCACUUUUUUAUAUUGUUGAUUAUUUCUCUACAGAAAUGAAAUUUAUAUAAUUCAAUAACUUUUCUCUGUCAUUUCACAAUUUAUUUUGUUGUACUGUUUCCAAUUUCUGAAAAUGCCAGUAUGUCAAAAUGUAUUCUAUUUUAGCUCGAUUAUUAUAUAUGAAAUAUAUAUAGUGAAGCUAUCCUACUCACCCCGGCGUCGGCGUUGCCGUUCCCGUGUCUGUUUGCGUGCAAAUGUUUAAAUUGCGUACUACCCCAAAUAUUUUCAAUUUCCUUUGACAUAUUGCUUUCAUAUUUUGCAUACUUGUUUACCAUCAUGACCCCAACCUAUAAACAAGAGACGAAAACUGUAUCAAGCAUUUUGACAGAAUUAUGGCCCCUUUUAUACUUAUAAUAUGCAUAUUAUUGAUAAAUCUAUGUUAAAGUUUGCAUACUAACCCAAAUAUUUCCUGUGUCCCUUGACAUAUUGCUUUCAUAUUUUGCAUACUUGUUAACAAUCAUGACCCCAACCUAUAAACAAGAGCAGACAACUGUAUCAAGCAUUUUGACAGAAUUAUUGCCCCUUUUAUACUUAGAAUAUGCAUAUUAUUGAUAAAUCUAUGUUAAAGUUUGCAUACUACCCCAAAUAUUUCCUGUGUCCCUUGACAUAUUGCUUUCAUAUUUUGCAUACUUGUUUACCAACAUGACCCCAACCUAUAAACAAUAGCAGACAACUGUAUCAAGCAUUUUGACAGAAUUAUGGCCCCUUUUAUACGUAGAAUAUGCAUAUUAUUGAUAAAUCUAUGUUAAAGUUUGACAAAACAACACCUUACAUACCACAAUGCACUCCACCCCCCCCCCCCCCCCACCCCCCCCUCUCCAUGAUGGCUUAUGUUGUACUGUCAAGCACUCGAAUAGUCGAGCGCGUUGUCCUCUGACAGGUCUUGUUUUAGACAAAUUGUAUUAAACUCCCCGGUCAUAGCUACAUGUAUAUAAUAUGGGCAGAAUCAUAAGAAAUCGUGUUUUUAUUGAGGAUAUCACUGAAAAUCCGGUUGAAAUCAGUUGAAAACAAACAAUAUAGCGAUUUUUAUUUUGGGGUCGAGUAAGUAAAGUACCAAAAAAGACCUAAUUAAUAUUCAUGAUUCGACACAUUCAUUCAAACCUAAACAAACAAAAUAGAGGAAUACGGGCGAAUUUAGGGGAGAGGAGAUAAGAACAAAUGCAAAUACAUAUGUUACAGACGGGAACUGAGUUGCAACGCUACGUUUUUGCUAAUUUUGCUAAAUCGAUGUAUUUAUCUUCCAUAUGCUAAUAUUGUUGGCGAAAGCUAAAUAUAGAUAUUAUUUGCAUUACUCGCAACGCUGCAAUGAUUUUCGCCUAUUGCAUGUAAUUUUGUUUAUUUAUAUAUUAUUUUAUCGAUUCAAAACCGAUUUUGACCUGGUUUUUUAUGUUAACCUCGAUCAAACAUAGAUUUCAAUGAAUUUAUGCAGAGGUUAUUUCUCGCUAUAUAAUUUAUAUGCAAAACAACAAUCUAUUCAGCGAACAAUGGGCUUUAAACAUUAAAUGCUAUGGAAUGUAAUGCAAAAUAUUUUUUCCAAUAAUGUCGGUUUGGCACGUUAAUGUUAUACUUGUAUGGGAAUGUUGAAAACUAUCAUAUACAUCACAACUUCAUAUUGGAAGAGUGUUUGUUACAGAUUUUCAGUAGGGAGCUCCUGUACAUUUUAGGUAAUUAAGGUCGCAGUGGUGUAUUGGAUGAGGUGUCCGCCCAGCGAUCGGGAGUUCGUGGGUUUGCUCCCUACUUGGGGAGCGUUCUCAUGAUCUCCUCCAUAGACACUAAGUACUGGUUCUUCCCAGAAACAUACUCGACAGUGUCCUUAUCUGCCUAUAAAAGGCCUUCCUGUAAUAGUCAGCAAUUGACUGUAGGAAGUACAAAGUAGAAGAAUUAUUGAGGAGUGGUUUACAUUGACAAUUUGUCAAAAACAUAUUGGGUAAUUUUGAGAAUAAAACAAUCUAAUGCCUAUGGUUCUUAAUUUUGAUAGUAGAAUACCAAUAGCUGUUAACACUAUUGACAUUUUAUCUUAUGAUUAACUCAAUUUUGAAGCCCAUUUCAAACUGAAGCUCUGUACAUGUCCUUAAAAAUGUCCAAUGCUAAUUAAGGCUGGUGUCUGGGACAAGCUGAGGUGGUACUGUACCUUUAGUGUAAAACCUUCCCUGGAGCCCAGCAACCAUGAUUAUCUUUAGUUAUAUUUGACUUACUUAUCAUUUCCAUUUUGAAAAUAUUUUAAACCCUAUUUUUAGUGGAACAUUAUUUUGUUUUUAAUUUGCACAUUGAUUCAUCCUGCAGCCUUUUUAUAUGCAUCUGUUAUUUCCUGUUGUGCUUAUAUUGUAUUUCAGGUUUCCUAAUCUUAACUUAAUCAUACUGUUAGAUUAUAUUUUAACUGUUUCUGCUUUUAUGUUUAUUAAAAAUCACAUAAUAUA